AUGGUUCUAAUAGCAGAGCCGGUGGACGAAUACCUAGUGGAAUCUCAAGACAGCAAGGGCAAACUGAUCAAUGGCACCCCAAAACAGGGAAAGACACAAAAUAUCCUGUCGAAAAAAUUGCCAGGGGAGCAAAAUCUCGUGCUCAGGACGUUCAGAAUCUUAGUUGCAGACCUAUGCCAACAGUUCAAAGGUGGCCACCCUGGUGGUGCCAUGGGAAUGGGAGCCAUCGGGGUUGCAUUAUGGAAAUAUGUCAUGCGAUAUGCACCUCAUACUCCAGACUUCAUCAAUCGUGACAGGUUCAUCCUAUCUAAUGGACAUGCCUGCCUUUUCCAAUAUAUUUUUCUGCAUCUUACCGGAUAUAAAGCGAUGACUUUCGACCAACUCAAAACAUACCAUUCGUCUCGCGUUGAUACACUGUGUCCUGGACACCCGGAAAUUGAACAUGAGGGGAUUGAAGUCACCACAGGACCCUUGGGCCAAGGAAUUUCCAACGCCGUUGGGCUCGCUAUGGCGUCCAAGCAUCUUGCGUCGAAAUUUAAUAAACCUGGCUUUGAUAUCGUCUCUGACCACAUCUGGUGCAUGGUCGGAGACGCCUGUCUUCAAGAAGGAGUAGGUCUAGAAGCCAUUUCUUUCGCUGGACAUAUGCGUUUGAACAACUUGACCGUGAUAUACGAUAACAACCAAAUUACCUGCGACGGCCUCGUAAGCUUGGCCAACACCGAAGAUGUCAAUGCAAAGAUGAGGGCCUGCGGUUGGAAUGUGAUCGACAUUAAGGAUGGCUGUUUUGAUGUUGAAGGAAUUGCCAAAGCUCUUGAAGCCUCGAGAAGCUCUUCUCUUCCCACUUUUGUGAACGUUCGAACUGUCAUCGGGGUUGAUAGCGCAGUGGCAGGCGAUGCUGUGGCGCACGGUGCGGCCUUGGGCGCGGAAAACGUUUCUGCCAUAAAGAAAGCCUACGGUUUCGAUCCAGAGCAACACUUUGUUAUCCCCCAGGCGGUACGAGACUUCUUCCAAGAGCUCCCAUCCAAGGGCGAAGCAUUUGUUUCAGAGUGGAACAAGCUGUUCGCCAAAUACCACGCCGCCCACCCUCAACUUGCAGGAGCAUACACUGCUCGCCUGAAAGGAGACCUACCGGCAGAUUGGGAAUCGUUGAUACCCAAAGAGUUUCCUUCGAAGGAGACCGCGAGUCGCGCCUCGUCUGGCCUGGUGUUCAAUCCAAUUGCGGAGAAGUGUGACCAGUUCAUGGUGGGCACGGCCGAUUUGUCGCCCUCGGUGAACAUGGCAUGGAGGACAAAGGAGGAUUUCGAACCACCACAUUUGGGCACGGGAAGUUAUUCUGGACGAUACAUCCACUAUGGUGUGAGAGAACAUGUCAUGGCAGCUAUAUCGAACGGAUUGGCCGCCUAUCAUCCAGGCAUGUUCAUCCCAGUAACUUCCAGUUUCUUCAUGUUCUACCUGUAUGCAGCACCAGCCGUUCGGAUGGGCGCACUUCAGCAUCUCCAGGUGAUCCAUGCAGCUACCCACGACUCAAUCGGCAUGGGUGAAGAUGGCCCAACACAUCAACCGAUCGAACUUGCCGCACUUUUCCGAACCAUGCCCAACUUGCUGUACAUUCGCCCCGGCGACAGCGAAGAGACUGCAGGAGCUUGGGCUGAAGCGAUCAAAGCCCGUCACACACCUUCCAUCAUCUCGACAUCUCGUCACGCCCUACCACAACUCACGGGACUCACACGGCGGUCAGAAGUGUUCAAGGGCGCCUACGUGCUUGAGGAGGUCGCAGACGACACCACUGCGGAGCUGACCUUAAUCGGCGCGGGCGCCGAGCUCAAUUUUGCAGUCAGCGUGGCGGCCGAGCUACGAAGCAAACACGGCCUCAAAGUCCGCACCGUCUCGUUCCCAUGCCAGCGCUUCUUCGACGCCCAACCACAUGACUACAAGCGGCGAGUCCUGCGGAGGCAAAGCGACACGCCUGUGGUAGUGAUUGAGGCCUACGCGGCCAAUGGAUGGGAACGCUACGCCAACGCGGCAGUGUGCAUGAGCACGAAACGUUUCGGGAAAUCUUUGCCGGGACCCAAAGCGUAUGAGUUCUUUGGUUUCGAGCAGCCGUCCAUGGUCCGUAGGAUCUUGGGCUAUCUUAACGAUUUGAGGACGGACCCGAAUCUGAAGCACGAUUUCGUCGAAUUAACUUAUGUGAGAAAGGAGGAGUGA